AUGUCGCUCACGCAGCGCGCGCCGAGGGUUGUCGAGCUCGAGGAGCCUGCCUCCCGUUCACCACCUGCUGACAGUGCUGAUUCCCGACCACCCCGUAGUAAGCGGCCCCGUCUUGAGCAGCCCGGUGGUGUUUCUGAGGCGGGGUGGAGGCUGCCUUUGGUGCCUCGCUUGUCUGAGGUGGAGAAAGCCUGGGAGUUGUCGCCCAGACCCUUCAAGGCGCUCCUGGUUUCAGCUACGGAGAUUUGUGAUGACUCCACAGACUCGUGUGUGGAGAAAUCUGUCAGUGAGAAGCAGAUGUGUAAUCCGGGAUGCCAAAAUGGCAAAUUUGAGAUGAGUACUUGGUUGCGGUCUCUCCCCUCACAAAAUUUUGAUUCUGGUUUGAAGGCUUCUAGAACCUCUUGUGAACCAGGGCUGUAUGACAGAGAGGUUUUCAGUGUGCAUCUCAGUGGCAGAUCCGAAACAGAGUCUGGUCAGUUGUCUCACGCCUCUGUACACGACGUACAUGGAAUUAAAAACGAGGAUGGAAAACAAUACUUAGCCCAGGGGAGAGACAACGGUCAGGAAGACUAUAAUUACAUAAAACAGACAGAAAAUUCAUUUUUAGAUGGUACCUUUUACAAGGAAACCAAAUCAACAUUUGAUGAUAUUAAGCACAGAUGUAAAGCUGACAGUGUUAUGCCGUCAAAUAAAAAAGAAAAUAGCAUUUCAGCGUUGACACUAAGAAUAUCAAAAUCUCAAAACCAGCCCAGCAUGGAAAUUGCCAAACUCAGCUAUUUUAGCAGCACAAUAAGUAACCCUGAGUUUCCAACUGAUUUAAACAGCAACAUGUCCUCUGUCUAUUUAAAGGAAAUAGCGAAGAAAAAUGACAAAAAUGAGGCAUAUGUUAGGGAUUUCGCAAACAUUCACUGGGCCCAAGAUAGACUUGAUGCUAAGGAACAAAAGUUACAGGAUGAUAAAAAAAUAGUGGAUGCAGAAAAUAUUUUUUCUGAAUGUUAUGAAAGUAACCACCAGUCACUCAGCAACCAAAGUGUUUGUGUGAGAAAAAAAGACUUGAUCAAUUUACACUACUAUAAUCACAGUAGUAUCAAGUCUGAUGCAAUAGCCUCUGCAAAGAAUUUCACUAUAAAGCCAGAAAAUGCAAAUUGGGAAGAGGCAGAAACAUGCCUGGACAGUUACAUAGCUACCAGAUUGGAAAAAUUGCAAAGCUGGGGCUGUAACAUUACACAUAUUUUGAAAAGAAAGAGGGAAAAUUGUUGGAUUAUGGAUAAUUACCAUGCUAAAUGUGAUAAUAUGAAAAAAACUGGAGAAAUAUGGAAUUUGCAACAAUUAUUAGAAAUAGAUCUUUUAAGCAAAGAAAAUUGUCACAAUACGAAAAUCUUGAAAACACAUGAAGAAAAAUCAAAGCCUCUUAUGAUAGAAACACUGGGCGGUCAAAAAGCUUUAAUAAAAAUUUUUUGUUUAAAAGGUGAAGGAGAAAACGAUAGUAUGCUACAGUUGAGAUGUACUACACAAAAAGACUUUCAUUUAAGCAGUAUUUUUGAAAGUUUCAUUACAGAAAUUUUUUAUUUCCAUAAAAGUAUUUCAGGAAAUCAAAAAAAUAUCUUAACCUGGUAUGGAAUUAUGAAGGGUAAAAAGCAAAUUGAUGUUCAAAAUCUAAUAACUAGGAAUAUAAAUGUCAAUAGAAAUAAUGAUAUUUUAAGCUUAUAUUUACAAACCAGUGUUUUAGACCCUCUAAAUAUUAUAUUGAAAACCAACAUAACAUCUUUGCUCAAUAACUUUGACUCUUUAAUAAUAAUUGAAAAUGAUACUAAAUUAGAAGAAGGAUGUAUUUCCAAAUGGAUAAUGUGUUUGAAUUAUCCAAAAAAUGUUACAGUGGAAAAUCAUACUGUAUAUCUAGUCAGGAUUUUAAAUUUUUCAAGACUAUUAGAAGAUAAUAUGAAACCUAUGUUAGAGAAAAGAAAACUGUUUAAAACUGACGAAGUUUUUGAAGAGCCAGAGAAAAAACUUAUCAAUUCCUCUAGUAUAACAAGUAAAAAUAUAUACUUUCCAAUUUUUGAAACAUAUGAAAAAAUUCCUCUUUUAAUGGACUUUGAUGACAUUGAUGACAUUUUCUUGACAAAAGAAAUUACUUACAAGAAUAAGAGUGGUCCUGAACAACUCAUGAGUGUGGAAAAUUGGGUUCACUGUAGUCCUGAAACUGUUAAAACACAUGUUAAGUCUUGUCUUCAAUUUAUACAGAACCAGAAAUACGUUAAUAAACAAACUUACAAAAUAAAUAUGCAGAACCAAGAUUUAUAUUCUGAAGGAAAACAAAAGCAUAAUAAGAUCAAUAGACUUAAUUUUAAACGCAUAUUUGAAGACUUCUUCAAUAUUAGGCAACAGGCCGUACAUGCAAGCCAUGACAAAAAAGAUAGUGAACAAAUCAAUCCAACGACUAUAACUCAGGUGCUGAAUUUUGGGAACUUGAUAAGUGAAACUGAAGAAAAAAAAUAUGACUUUAUUUUGAAGGAGGUCACAACACAAUGUUUAACAAACAGUUGCCAAGCUCAUAAAGAUAUUAAGAUAGAAGAGGAAGAGAAAAAUAGUUUUUAUUCAAUGGAUGGCAUGUUUGUUGCACAACCAGUUUCAUUAAUGAGUAAGAAAGUAGAUGUGGAAGAAGCUAAAUAUGUUAAUCAAAAUAAUGUAGCUGACAGAAAUGAAUAUGAAAGUAUUUUUCAAGAAAGUGAGUUAGCUAAUUCAAAGCAUUUUCAUCCAAACAAUGACUCUUCAGAAUGUUUUAAUCAUCAAUUUGAAACUCGUUUGAGUGUAGGGAACAAUGAAAGUUUUCAGGACUUAACUGCCAAGUGUUUAUCAACAGACACUCUGACAAUAGUAAACGAUUUUGAGAUGAAGAGUAAAUUUGAUUUAGUACUUGAAGAACUUCAUAUGUUUCAUGAAAUUAGUAAGGAAAAUGAAAUUCUAAGCACCGUGGAAACCAACAAUGGGCAAGAAAGUUACUUUGUAGAAAAUAAUAAUGUUGAGGAGGUAAAAACAGAGAUAAAAAAAGGUUUGAAAAUGGGUACAGAAGACAAAAUAUAUUCAUCUUCUUUGCUCUGUGAUACGAUAGCAGAUCCUAAUAUGCAUAAAAAACACCAAAGUUUAUUUAAAUGGAAAACAGUACCCAGAAAUAGAGAACAGGAAUUUCCUAAUGAAUGUUGCUGUCUAAGAACAUCAGAGGAAGAAUUACUCUAUUCUACUUCUAAGGAAGAUUGUGAAAAACCUUCACCUGAAAGACCAGCUUUUUUCUCUGAUGAAUUUAAAGAAGAAAAAUUUAAUUAUUUACUGAAGGGAGGUAGUAAUUUUUCACAUGGAAUUUCAAGAGUACUACCUCUUAAGACAUGCAGUCGACCAAUCAGAAUUGGCUUGUCAAGAAAAGCUAAGCUUAAACAACUUCAUCCCUAUCUGAAAUAA